GUACCAACCGGAUUUUUUAGCAAGCAAAAGUUACAAACUCACCAAAUAUAUUGUAUUUUAUACAGUAGGGAAAACAAAGAUAAUUUACAGUUUCUUUCUACAAAUCUCGAAGAGACAGUGUUGUCAGCUGAGGCACAACAAACUGAAUUGUAUACAAUCAGACAGUACAGUAUCUAAUUGAAUCAUGGUGACGAAGAUAUGUAGUUAACUAAGUGUUGAAAGUAAACAGUAUAGACUUGAAGAUGGCAGAUCCUCAAUAUGAUAAAACUAUGAUAAAGAAAGGAUAUGUCAGGGUAAAGGGACGAAUACCUAUAGGCAAGUCCUGGAAGAAAAAAUUGUUAGUGUUAUAUGGUCCAUCCAGUAAUGGAGCCUCACGACUGGUCAAAUAUUCAGGAGAGCAGGCAUUUGCAGAGGACGAGCCUUCAUCACAGAUUCCACUCAAAGAUGUUGGUAGUGCUUUGAGAUGUAAAAUGUCCGAAGGAUCUCAUGGAGAUGGCAUUACUUUACAUAUGUCUGAUCGCAGCAUUAAACAGUUCCUUUGUGAUACAGAAUCAGAAUCUACAGAUUGGUUGAGCGUCAUACAGACAGAAUUGACCAGAAAUGAUAAUCUGCCUUCUGGUAUGUUCCGAGUCUUUCUUUUACCCUGUGCCACAUUAAAUGACAGUGGAGAAUGUAUAUUAUAUGUGACUUCUGAUUGUGUAUAUAUUUAUGAUAACGAACAGAAAAGUAGACAAAUAACUGCAUGUGAUAUCACUCAUAUACGAAGAUAUGGCGCUGAUGGUAAAAGGAAGCAAUUUCUUAUAGAAGCUGGCAGUAAGAAUCCUACUGGAGAAGGAAUCUAUUUAUUCAGAACAGUUUUUCACCAAGAAAUUCAUGAUCAAAUAGAAGAUGCUGCUGAAAGAAUAAAGAAAAAGUCUUCAGGACGACAAAGAACUGUUCCUAGUAUUCCUGCAAAGCAGCCCAUUUAUGUGAACCAGAAACCUUAAAGAUGCAUCUGAUAAUUGAUCAAACCCUUGUAGGCCUUCACAGACAUUCCUGUUGGAAUUUGCUCAAGAUAUUGAAGUGGCGAUUUUGUUGUUAGGACUAUUUCACUAUAUGGGAUAGCCCUUAGUCAUGUUUACAUUUUGUUGUUAGGACUAUUUCACUAUAUGGGAUAGCCCUUAGUCAUGUUUACAAGCAUUUUUGAAAGUAUAUUUUUAUAUUAUAAAAAAAUGGUGUAAUCUGUGCUUUAGCACAAUCAGUGGGACUUCUUUGAUUUUUCAUGUUUUUAUGUAAAUCUGUUGUAUGCAAAGGCUUAUAUUUGUACUGGAACUCAGGGUCCUUGUUCAAACUAUUCUCAUAUUUGUUACAGUAGAAUGUUCUAAUGUAGUAGAAUGUUCUAAUGUUGUGGUUAUUAUUUAUUAUAUUUUUGAUACAACAUAAAAUUUGAAUGACAUAACUUUUUUUGGGAAAAGAUUGAAGUUAUGCAAUCAAAACCCUUUUGUUGAUGGCUUGAUAGUUAUCAAUUUUCCAAACUGUAUCACUGCUUUAGAGAUAAAAAAAAACAUAGUGUAUUUAGCACAACGUUCUAUGCAUAGUAUUCAGCAACAUUUCAAGAAAUUAUCAAUUAGAUAUAUACUCAGAUAUUCAAGUUACAAAAUUAUGUCUAUGUGUAUAACUGUACUCAUCAAGAGUUUCAUAAAUUUUGCACGAUGUAUGAAUUUAGUAUCUGUUCUAAAAAUAUCAAUGAUGUCAUUGUUAAAGUAAUAUUCACAAAAUUUGGGUUAUCUUCCUUUGUCCAUAAUUGCAGUCGAACCAACUACAACAAUGGACUCCAAUUCAUAGUAUUACCUUUCAAUGCUUAAUACAAUGGAAUAUUUAAUUUUUAGUUUGCACCGCAAAAUUAAAGCAAUCUUUACCCUUCAAUGCUCACAAGCACUUUAAUUAUGUUUAUUUUUGAAAAUGUGUGUAUUGUAGUGUGUAAAGUUCAGUUACAUUUUCUCUGACAAUCUUCAUUAACAAAUUCGUAAUUAGUAAAAAUCAUUCAAGAUAUAGCCAACAGUGCUGAAAUUAGCCUUAAACACUAAGAUUUAAUCAAUCAAUCAAUCAGAAAAUGGUUAAUGCUACCUUCUAUAAAAGUAAAGGCUGCUUUGUGUCCAAUGGUCAAUACUAUAGAGUCAUUGUCAUGUUAAGUUUUAUACUAACAACAACCAAGAUAAAAAUAGUCUUAUAUAACACAUUCCUUAACUCCGGCAAACAGGAUUUUUCAUUCAUUUAGUUUAUUGUAUCAUGGGGUAAAAUAAAGUCCGUAAUAAAACUGAAAAUGUAACAUAAAAAAUGAAAGGUUUUCCAUAUUUAUCAUUAAAAAAUGCUAUAUACCUGAAGUAAUUGGGACACUUUUAAAUACAAGUACAGUACCUGUCAAUGGAGUUACAAUAGGUUAUAUAAAUGACUAAUCAUAUACCACUGAUGUUUUUUUUAUGAGAUAUAUGCAUGCUUUUUUUAUCUAAGAAUAUAUAUCAGCUGUGUAAAUUUUACUUUUUUUUUCAAGAAGUAUUGCCAAUUUAUCAAAGCAAUUUUCCAUAUGUAAAAAUGUUUUGACAGGAAAAAUAUUACCUGCUAAUAUAUUUAUAUAUUUUAUCACUUCUAGUUCAUUGUAAAGGAGUAGGUCCAGUAAGACCACUUUUUGGCCCCAAAAUAUAGCAGUUUUACAAAAUUGUUAAAAUGUAAAUUUUCAGCUAUUUAUUGGAAAGAAGAAUACUUCUGUUACAUAAAUAUGGGCUGUUUUUGACAAUACAAUGCACAUGUAUCGGGUACUAGCAUCAUUAACUCAUGCUAAAUUACUGAAAUCUUCAAAAUUAUAGCAUUUUGGUUAAUUUUUAGACAGUUUCCGUCUUAAAUGGAAGUGGCCGCAUUUGUGUUCAUUCUUAAUAUUUAAAUGUCAGUUGUAUUUGAUGAUAAUACAUAACAUAUAUAAAGGUUGAGAAUGAACACGGAUGCGGCCACUUUCAUUUUUGACAAAAACCAUCUCAAAAGUGACAUAUUAUGGCAUAUUUGAUAGAUUUUUCAUAGUUAAGCUUGAAUUUGAGCGUCUUUAAUGACUAAAUCAGUUCAAAUCUUUCACAUAAACUAAUUGAAUCGACUGAAGAAGACACUUAAGUGUUUAAAAAGUGUCCAGAAUCUUUCAUCAGAUGAACCUGAAUUUUGAGGCCAAAAUCGGCCCUUACCGGACCUACUCCUUUUGUAUAAUUAGUGAGCAAUAGCUGAUAGUACAUCUUGUUACUUCUUUAUGGAUCUUGGGAGGAAUCAUAAUGCAAAUACUGCAAAAUUAUAGAAAUACACAAAUUUUACACUCCAAAAAAAACCCAGUAUGGUACAGUUUUUAUAUCAGUGUCUCAACGUUGUUUCAAGGGGAUACAUGUGACAAGUUUUAACAAAGUCAUAGUGACUGGGGUGGGGGGGGGUCAAAUAGCUGCCAAUCAAAAGAAGAAUGAUUUGAUGGUUGUUGUGUCUCCUCUUUUAGUAUGUUGUUAAACAGUAUGUUAAUAUGCAUAAUAUUUAUAAGAGAUUUCACAUGUUCAGAUCUAUUUAUGUCUGAGGUUCUGUCAUAUGAUGAAUUAUUUUGAAAUUUUUGUUGGUAUAUCUUGGUUCGAUAAUGUUAAAUAAUGUUAGUGAUUCCUAAUUGGGCAUUAGUAAUACAUUUCAAUUAUAUAGGGUUAGUUGUAAUAAAAAUAAUUAAAUUCAAAUGUAUAAAUUGCUCUAUCAUCAGAAAGUAAGUACAAUGUAGUUUUCUAAAUGUUCCAAGUUUCCAGUCUCGUCAUGGCUAUAACUAAGUCCUGAAUUCAGGAUAAGAUGAUGGGAUGUAACAACACAUUUAUUGUUAAGUCUUGCAUGUUUUAUUUUAAUCUUCAGAGACGUGUUCAUAUUGAAUUAAUGUUGAAAGCAUUUAUGAAAUACUAU